GGCAACUAGUGGCAAGAUGGAAGGCAGCGGAUCUUCGUGGGGCAGGAAAAAAAAAAGCUGCAGGUCGAAGCAAGUAAGCAGUACGGCUGCCUGCCUGUCCCUGAGAUAACUGUUGUGUCGCUGAUCGUUAGUGAAAUCUGUGUUUUGUCAGCAUCUAUAGAGUAGAAGAAUAACUGACACCGAGCAUUACCGUACCGGGCGAAGGGUGGAGGAUCUGUAUGGACGCUUGUUGAGCUGAUUGGGACUUGAUUUUACACCCACCAGGCAUACGUUGUCAAUUGCCUCAAGAUGAACGUGAGUCUCGCAGCUUUCCGAGAACCUCGAGGUGUCAUGAGAGCAUUGCAGUUGGUAUUCGCCAUAUGUGCAUUUUCUACAAUAUGCGGAUAUGAGGGUAAUGUCACUGUGAAGGCUUGUACUUCCAAUCCACCAGUUCAAUCAACUCUCAAAUUUAGUUACCCAUUUGUACUAAGUGAAGUUGAAGAUACUAUUAAAUGCCCAUCUCCAACUACUCCUUCACCAACUGAAUCCACUAUCUACCUGACAGGUGAUUUCCAUUCUGACUCACAAUUCUUUGUCGCCUCAGGUGUCUUAGCGUUUUUGUAUUGUUUGGGUAUUAUUGUUGUUUAUGGCCUGUUUGAGGAAAAUUAUCAGAGCAACAGCAUGCUGCCCCUCGCCGACUUUGUUCUUACUACAGUGCUGGCUGUACUGUGGCUAUCUAGUAGUGCAGCUUGGGCUAACUCUCUGUCUGCAAUCAAGUCCGUAACUGAACCUGCCAGCCUAAGGGACCAAUUCAAAUUUCUUAAUGAAGUAUACACCGCCAGUUUCUCAAGCUUAAAUAUCUCUGUGCUCCUUGGAUUUUUGAACUUCUUUUUAUGGGCAUCUGAUUUAUGGUUCUUGUACAAGGAAACUCAUUGGUUUAAGAUGAGGCAAGAGAGUGCUGGUGGCGUUUGAUUUGUUUCUUUUUUGUAGGUUGUUUGAUACAUCUAGUUUGUAUCAAGUUAUAAAUUGCCGUCAUAUCUUUUCCCCUCUUGUUGACGUAUUAACAGUGCUUAGCACAUCUUCUCAUGCUAAAAUAUGUAUAGUGUCGUAGAAUUGCAUGGAGUGUUUCCAUGUGUUCCAAAGUUUCGGGUUCCCAUUUGUACCUAUACUACACAAAGUUGCUGUUAUUCUACUCUUGAGUAUUGUGAGUGCUAGCAGAAUGUAAGCAUAGCAGUCAGUAUUUUAUCUGUACUUAACGAAAGAGCAAGUUGGUUCUGUUUACUACAGCUCUGCUACUUUCUUUGACAUGCAUCCAGUGUUCAAAGACAGACACAAUUUAACGAUUGAUUGUGCAGUGUUAAAGUUUCUGAAGCUGUCAUUCAAAAUUAAUGGUGUUGAUGGAAAACUAAUGGAGUAGACUAAAAUCUCUAGUUUUUCAAUUGAUACCUAUGUUAUUCCCAGCACUUGUUACAGGUGACUUUAUUGUGUCCUCUCUUGUGUAACUUAAAAUGACUACUUAUUCUUACCCCAAUUAUUGCCUCAAUCACUUGUUGAAACAAUACUCAAAUCUGUAGGUACUUCUAGGACUAGUUGAUUGCCAGAUUCCUCUUAGACUCAUAGCUGUUACAUGUUGUCGCAAUCAAAUUUUAUGAAGCAUUUAAAAAAUUCGGCUUUACUAUAACUGUAGGGAAUUUUUUCAAUUUUGGUAGGACUUGGUUUGUGAAAAUGAGUUGCUUGCCUAGUUAUGAUCACUAAUCAAAACACUUCAGGUGCCAUUGUCCCCAAUUGUCUUUGUUUAGUUAGGAGGAUUUUGUAAGUUCACUUUGUGAGAAUACCGACUUUGGUCCUGUGUCAAAUUGUAAUCAAAUCUUCUUUCUCAAUUUGUUGCUUUUAUGUUUAAGAGGGGAGGAUAUUUUUUUAUUUUUUCUUAUUAGUUCACCAAUCUUAUUUGAUUGUUUUUGUUAUGUAAAAAAGAUUUAAAAAAUAAUUUUGAUUCUAGCAUCUGUGUUUACAGAUUCCUACAAAACAUAAGAUAGACUUUCUUUUGCUUUGCUAAUAUUUUGCAAAGUUGUGAUGGUUCUAUUAGAGCUGAAGACUGAAAUAAGUUGAUGCUUUGUAAAUUAUUUUUUUUGAUGAAAUUUGCUUUCAUUGUUAUGAUGUAUGAGUUCUCCAUUCCAAUUUGAAGCUUUUUGAAGGCAAUAAGAUGUGUCUUCAUUCACCAACUAACAUAUCAAGAAGGUCUUAGAACAUGAGGUAUUGUGAUAAAUGCUUGCUUUGGAGUAGGGGUCUCCCCAUACAAAAUCUUAUCAAGUAAAAUGUGAUGUCUGUUUGUAACAUUGGGAACAUUUGAAGUAUAUCAAAUUUGAAGUAUAUCAGUAUCAGACAUUGACCAUGAAAUGGAGCACUUUUUUUCUUCUGUAUGUUUUCAGUAUUAAUUGUACAGUACUGAGCUUUGCUUUUUCAUUCUUAAGGGGGUUGUGUAACAAAGCUCAAAAAUGUCAAUUCUUGUUAUAACUACUUACAAAUAUUGUGAAAUGAAAUGGAGGAACAUACAUGAUGAAGCUAAACAGUGAUCACAAGCUGCUUUUGUUGUGGGCACAAUCCUGUAUUUUUGUUGAGACCUGAAAAUAUUGCACAUUUUCUAUAUUAAGUUUUACAAACUUACUACUCUACAUUUAUGUUGUACAUUUUUGCAUUGUUUGUGGAGGUUACCAAUGUGGUUGAUAUGUGUUCAAUUGUUGCCCAGAUUUUCUGGUUCUCCUUUUCUGCUCUCCAAGGUUGAACCUAUUGUUCUAGAUGAAGUAUUUUUAAUCAUAUUAACUUGUUUGAAUCAUGUACAAAGAACAAUGUUGAAAACUAGUUGCUAUCCGCCUAUCUCGGCCAUGUGUGUUUUCCCCCCUUUUCUUGUAUGGUUUUUUGUUUUUUUAAAAUUUUCAAAAGUGAUUUGUAGAUUUUCUGUGUCUGUAGGACUGAGAGCAUUCUUUAGAUCACUUGUGUAGCCUUAAUGACUAAUAAAUGAAGUUCUUGUUAACCUA